AUGUCAAGAGUCAGCGGAAGUAGUGCUACAGAAGCCCGCAAGGCUGUAUCUAUAUCCAAUAUCGUCAACGUGGGCGAAGAUCUGGAUGCAUUCUUCGGUUUUGUUGGCCGAUCGCUCACUCGUCACGCGGUUACUGCCGUAGCCACUGGCGGUGCAGGCAACCUGCUUAUGCUUGUGGGUGACGUUUUUGAUGCCCUUGAUCUUCUUGAUACUAUUGAUGUCACGACUUCGACUGACUCGAGCUCUGCAUCGAGUGGUGGCGAGGUGCGCUUCGGCAACCUUUAUCCCGAUGACCGAUGCUUAGUCGAUCGGCAAACUGGGUUGGGCACGCAAAGCGUUUCCACUUAUAUCAGCCCUAACCAACCUGGUGGUAUAUUUGAUGACCAUAGUUCUAUUCCCGACCCUCCCAAGCCCAAGACACCAGAGCCCGACCCUCCCAAACCCCAAGCGUAG